AUGGCCGCCGCCUUCGACGAGGAAGAUCUCUCGAUCCCUCUUCCUCCCUCCGACCGCGACCGUCCGCGUGAACGAGCGAGCAAGACCGCAAGCUCGAACCCCUCCGCCAUGGCCAUGCCGCCGCCCUCACGCCCGACCGGCAGGCCCGACCCCGCGACCCAAUCCCCUGCCACUACACGGGAUAUGCAACGUUUGGAUCAGUACCAGACGGUCAAGAUUCUGGGCGAAGGAUCGUUCGGAAAGGUGAAGCUCGCCAUUCACCAGCCCAGUGGACGCCAAGUUGCUCUCAAAAUCAUCUCCCGGCGCAAGCUGCUUUCCCGGGACAUGGUCGGGCGUGUAGAGCGAGAGAUUCAGUAUCUCCAAUUGCUACGACAUCCGCAUAUCAUUAAAUUAUACACAGUCAUCGCUACCAAAACCGACAUAGUGAUGGUACUCGAAUACGCCGAGCGAGAAUUGUUCGAUUACUUAGUUCGGAAGGGAAAAUGUGGCGACGAUGAGGCCCGCAAGUUUUUUCAACAGAUAAUCUGUGCCGUUGAGUACUGCCAUCGACACAAGAUCGUUCACCGCGACCUCAAACCCGAGAACCUGCUCAUCGACAGCCAGAAGAACGUCAAGAUUGCCGAUUUUGGAUUGAGCAACAUUAUGACGGAUGGAAAUUUCUUGAAGACUAGCUGCGGUAGUCCAAACUAUGCCGCUCCUGAGGUCAUUUCCGGAAAGCUGUAUGCGGGACCGGAGGUGGAUGUCUGGAGUUGUGGUGUCAUUCUCUAUGUGCUGUUGGUGGGCCGAUUGCCCUUCGACGAUGACUAUAUUCCCGCCCUUUUUAAGAAAAUCGCAGCGGGCAACUUUCACAUCCCCGGAUAUAUCUCUCCUGGUGCCGCCCGACUCAUCCGCGCCAUGCUGCAAGUUCACCCUGUCCACAGAAUCACCAUCCCCGAGAUUCGACAGGACCCAUGGUUCACCAAAAAUCUCCCCAGCUACCUCCAGCCACCACCGGAAGAAUACAUCGCCACCGAUUUAGAUAUCAAAAAAGCCCUUGAUCCUCGUAAGGCGGCUUCAGGCAAACCCGCGCCGGUGCAGCAGAAGAUCCACCAGAUCGCUGUGUCAAAGCUGGAGCGCAGCAUGGGCUAUGGGCGAGACGAUAUUGAAGAGGCCUUGCGACACCCCGAACCAAGUGCCAUCAAGGAUGCGUUCUCAAUUGUUGUUGAGAAUGAGAUGAUGCAAACUAAUUCUCCAACCGAAGAUAAUUUAUUAGCUCAGAGUAUUUCUCCUCAGCCCAAGGUAUCCGGAUCAGCAGCCGCAGAGCGAGCAUCUGCUGUACCCAAAGUUCAGACACCAUCCUCACCAACCCCUGCUCGAACCCAAAGUGUUACCCGGCGAACACGGCCAGAAGAGGCUCAACAAGCAGACCCCGAAGAUCUUGAGGAACCUCGUCCCAGCCACGUCCGAAUUUUGCCCACUAGUUUGCCUUAUGUCCACGAUCAGCUCAUGGAACAACGUGAUCGAGAACAGAGGGCGCGUAUGGAAGAGCGUCGGCAGGAAGCUGCUCGAGCCUAUGAGGAACGGACGGGUACUGAGGGUGGAGAGCUCUCUCCGGAAGAACAGGCUGCUACUGUCCGAGCGUUGAAGCCUCAUGCGCGAAGUGUGGUGGAUCUGGAUAAACUCCGUUUUGAGCCUCCAAUCGGGCUCCCCAUCACUCAACAGCCUAAGAAAUCACGCAAGUGGCAGUUCGGCAUCCGGUCCCGGAAUCAGCCUUACGAAGCCAUGUUGUAUUUGUACCGAGCUAUCGCUGCCCAAGGUGGCGUUUGGGAUAUCCAACCCGUGGAGUCCGGAACUAAUAUUGGGCCUGACGCCACGCCUUCACCGGACAAACCCAAACCACUGCAGAGCAAAUACCCCGACCUUCCUUCGGACUACUAUAUCCCCAAGGAUCCUUGGUUCAUUCGUGCUCGUCUUUUGAAAGAGGGCGUGAAGGCCCCAGGAGCGUCGACCAGUGUGUACAAUAGCCGCAGCGAUCUGGAGGAAUUGCGUCGCCGAUUCAACAUCGCUGGAAUUGCUGCUCCAGUUGAGGACAAAGACAAGGAUCUGAAAUCGUCGACACCCGAGACUAACACACUUUCUGCACCAUCCUCGGCCACUCAACAAAAUGGACUUCCAAGCAUUUCACAUGGUGUCUGGGUCUUCAUCGACAUCCAGCUGUAUCAGCUUGAGGAGAACAACUACAUGGUCGAUUUCAAAUGUGACGGAUACCAGAACGUCAUCCGCGCCCAUGGUGACACCGAAUGGCAUCCGAUCAGCAAGCGCUUGAAAAAUAAGGAGAAGGAGGUCACAAGCCCAUACCCGUUCCUCGAUGUGGCAUCUGACUUGGUGGCUCAGCUGGCAGUGGCUAGCUAA